AUGCUUGCGGUAGCAAUCGAGAAGGGCAUGAACCUCAAUCACUGGGAUGUAAAGCAGGCGUACACACACGCCACGCCAGACGAGGAGGUUUUUCUGAGGCUCCCCGCUGGGUGCGGCGACAAAUCGCAUAAGAUUGUUAAGGCUGAGCGUGCGAUUUACGGUCUGAAGCAGAGCGGUAGGCAGUGGGGGUACCACGCUGCUGAUACGCUAGUCGAGAACGGGUUCGAGCAAUGCAAGGCGGACCCGUGUGUUUUCCGCAAGAUGGUAGACGAAGUCGUGGUGAUGAUUAUCGUGAUUUAUGUGGAUGACAUUUUGGUGGCUGGCAUGGUGAGACGCUUUGAUGUACAAUCGACCUCCCACAUCCCCGCUACCCCUGGUGCCGACUUAGGACCGAAGCGAGAUAACGAGAAGGGAGGGGAGUGGCCGGUGAGGGAGGCCAUCGGCAGCAUGGUGUGGGUGUCAACGUUCUCGCGUCCAGACGUCUCAUUCGCCGUGCCUGCGGUAGUGCGCCACGCCCAUGCCCCGGCGAAGAGGCACUGGGAUGCCAUCCAGAAGAUCCUCGGCUACUUGACAGGGACGAGGUACCUCGGCAUCACCUACCAACGGGGAUCGGGGUUAGGGCUGGCCGUGUACGUAGACGCUAGCUACGCCGACACGGAGGAUAGGCGUUCGGUGUCAGGGUUGGCGACGACGGUUGGAGGUACCGUAGUCAGCCAUGGUAGCAAGAUGCAGACCAUCGUGUCUUUGUACUCGACGGAAGCCGAAUACAUUGCUGCCGGGGAGGGUGUCAAGGAGGCGUUGUUUGUGCGUGCUGUGCUUUCGUUUGUUGCCCCAGAGACCAGUGGUAGCAGCAUCCAGGUCCUUGAGGACAACCACGAGGCCAUAGCGUUGGUGCAGAACCCCCUCAGCUCAGGUCGCACGAAACACAUAGACGCGAGAUUUCAUUUCAUGCGCGGAUUGUUUAGGUCGGGGGAUAUUUCGGUCAAGUUUUUUCCGACAACGGAGCAACACGCGGACCUCCUGACCAAGGCCCUUGNCUUGAGGACAACCACGGGGCCAUAG